AGAAAAACAGGUUUAGAAAUCGAAAUUAAAAGAUCCAAAACUGUAAAUAAAGAAGUUUUGAGCUGCAAAAUGGAAACAUGAAAGUCCAUCAUUCAUGGAAGUCAGAUGUAAAAAUUCCACUGGACUUCUAUUGAGGGUACAAUGCAUCUAAUAGAUUCAAAAUGUUCAGUAAAUUGAUUAUGUGGUUUGAUUUUAUUCACUAAACUUAAAGAGAAGUAGGAAAAAUCGUUAAUAUUUACUCCAAUAAUCUUUCCACUCAAUGAGCAUCAGUUUUCUCAUUCACUUUGCUUCUUGUUGACGUUACCAUCAUCUUGCUCUUGACUCUUUCCAUUUUAGUGUACCUUUGUUGUGUUUUCAAAAAUCUUUUUAUCAAUCGUGUUCAAUUUUUAGCAAGAUAUUUGGAUUAUUAAUCAACCAUGGGUAAAGCAACAAUUGGUUGGGACAAUUUAUUUACCUAUGACAGUUUGGUUCAUGCUAUGGCUGGAUCGGCUGGUGGUGUUACAGCUAUGACUACCUUUUACCCUUUGGAUAUUGUGAGAUCUAGACUUCAAGUUGAUGAUUUAGCCAAAGGAAAGAAUACUUGGGCUUUGAUUAAGGAAAUUCUUGACUCUGAAGGACUGGAAGGAUUGUACAGAGGAUUGGAACCAGUGCUUAUAUCUUUGUGUGCCUCUAAUUUUGUUUAUUUUUAUUCAUUCCAUGGAUUACGAGCUAUGUUUAAAAAUAGUGAACCUUCUGCUUUGCGUGAUUUAUUCCUUGGUUCAAUCGCUGGGACAUUCAAUGUGCUCUUAACAACACCAUUAUGGGUUGUCAAUAUGAGAAUGAAGAUGCAAGGUGCAAAGCUAAAGAAUGGCGGGGAAAUGACAAGAAAUGCUCCAAGGUACAAGAAUAUUUUCCAUGGAAUCUAUAAGAUUGCUUCGACUGAAGGUGUCCCGGCUUUGUGGGCUGGUGCAAUUCCAUCUCUUGUUUUGGUAACAAAUCCGGCAAUUCAAUUCAUGAUUUACGAAAAUUUAAAACGUCGGACUCAAUUAUGGACUGGAAAGGAGCAGAUUAAAGGUUCAAACGCUCUUCUUCUUGGGGCAAUAUCCAAAAGUUUAAGCACUGUUCUUACAUACCCACUACAACUUGUCCAAUCUAAAUUAAGAUAUGGUAGUGAAGACGUUAAGAACAAGAAUAUGAUGCAAGUUAUUCGCAUGAUUUUACGGCGAAAUGGUCCUGGAGGUCUUUACAAAGGAAUGGAAGCCAAGCUGUACCAAACAGUGCUUGCAACUGCAUUAAUGUUUUUCACCUAUGAAAAGAUUGCUGCCUUUGUAUUCACCAUAAUGAAAGGUUCAAGAAAAAUGAAAAAAUGAAAUUUCUGUGGCAACUAUGGACAGUUUUCUUUAAUCAAUUGGCAUGCCUCGAAAAGCCGGAUUGGCCAGUUUUCCGUAUAAUUGAAUAGCAUCUACAAGAAUCAAGUCACAAAUUGAGAAAAAAUUACACACCAUUUAUUGAUUUAACGAGAAUCAAAGAUACUCCUUUUGUAUAUUACAGUUGUGAUAACGAUAUUUUUUACCACUACAAUUUUUUGUUGUCCUUUUUAAUGCACCACAAUGGUUUGCAUAAAUGAUAUUUCACUUAAUAUAUCAACGCAACUUAUUUAGAUAUUUCACUUUUAGUGAUUAAUUACUUAACAUUUAUGGGAUUAAAGUGAGAUAUUCAAACGAUGUCAUUUACUCAA